AUGAGUUCCUAUUUUGUCAACUCCUCUUUUCCCGUUGCACUAUCGGGAACGGGCGGAGGCGGUCAGGCAGCGGAGUCGUUCUUAGGUCAAAUCCCUCUCUAUUCCCCAGGAUACGCCUCUGAUCACCCGCUCAGACAUUACCCGGGAGCCGCGGCCGUCACCGCUGCAGCGGCGGCGGCGGCGGCGGCGGCGUACAGCGCGAACGGCGGUGGCGUUCUGGAGAAAACCUACCCGGCUUCUUCUUAUUACCAACACACUACUAACGGAGCGUACGGGGGGCAUCGGGCGGCGGCAGGGGUUGGCGUCGGUGCCGCAACCGCAGCAAGUGCGUGCGAUUACGCGACGCCCGCGGCGGCGGCAGCCUCGAACUUCUACCGGGAUAAGGACUACGCUUGCAGCCUGGAGGAACAUCCGCUCGCCCUGCAGGAUGGCGUGCGUCACAAGACGGACUGCGCGAGUUUGAGUGGCAAGGGGGUCUUUGGUGACACCAUGGAUGACAAGCAAACGGGGUCAACCCACAUUUAUCCGUGGAUGCAGCGAAUGAACGCGUGCAGCGGGGCAUUUGGCAGUCCCGGUAGACGUGGGCGACAAACCUAUACCCGCUACCAGACACUCGAACUGGAGAAGGAGUUCCACUUCAAUCGCUACCUCACACGCAGGCGGCGGAUCGAGAUCGCGCACGCGCUUUGCCUCACGGAGCGCCAGAUUAAAAUCUGGUUUCAGAAUCGGAGAAUGAAGUGGAAGAAGGAGAACAAACUGAUGAGCUCGUCUCCCACCUCUUCUUCGUCCACAGUGAACGGGGUUGAUGACGAGGACAAACGGACGGAGUGA